AUGUACUACAGGGGCGCCUCGGCUGCCGUGGUGGUCUUUGACCAGACCAAUGCGGUGACCUUUCAGCGGGCGCAAGAGUGGGUCCGUCAGGUGAUGUCCACGAGCACCAACCCCAACAUCGUCAUCGCCCUUGCUGCAAACAAGGCUGACUUGGAGGAGAAACGGCAGGUGCCCUGGGAAAAAGCAGAGGCCUUUGCACGUGAGGAGGGCCUGUUUCUGCUGGAUACGUCGGCAAUGACUGGGAAGAAUGUGCUGCGCCUUUUUGAGGGUAUCGCUGAGCUUCUUCCAGAUGAGCCUUUCGUACCGCAGCAGAGAGGUCUUCAAGUGACCGCAGCUGUUGACACGAGUGGCACCGAGCGCAAGGCAACGUCAAGAGGAUGUUGCGGCUAG